UAUUUCCAAAGAGACGAAACGCUGCAAAUCUUUUCAAGAGAAAAAGCGGAUCUCUCUUUGCAAAAUGAGUCGUUAUUUCCUGACACGUUACAAUCACGCGCUGCAAUUAUAAUGCCAAGCGGGAGAGUGUUGAUACAACCGAACUGUCUGAUUUUAAGAUGAAUUCACACAUUACUUUCGUUUUAAUAAGUAUGUGUUUCUUAUCAAUAUGUUCUGUGUUGGCUGAUUCACGCUCAUUUUCCAUUGACUACAAGAACAACUUCUUCCAAAAGGAUGGAAAACCAUUUCAGUACAUCUCAGGAAGCAUCCAUUACUCCCGCAUCCCUCGGGAAUACUGGAAGGACAGGCUGCUCAAGAUGUACAUGACAGGACUCAAUGCUAUUCAGGUAUAUGUUCCAUGGAACUUCCAUGAGACCAUGCAGGGGGUGUUUAACUUUGCAGGAGACAGAGAUCUGGAGUACUUCUUAAAUCUGGCCAACCAGACGGGGCUGUUGGUCAUCCUGCGACCGGGGCCGUACAUCUGUGCAGAAUGGGAAAUGGGUGGUUUGCCUGCCUGGUUGCUACAAAAGCCGAACAUUAUCCUUCGCUCAGCUGACACAGAGUAUUUACAAGCCGUGAGUAACUGGUUGGCUGUCCUGUUCACUAAGAUGAGACCGUGGCUUUAUCAGAAUGGAGGAAAUAUUAUCAGUGUGCAGGUGGAGAAUGAAUACGGCAGCUACUUCGCUUGUGAUUAUAACUACAUGCGGUACCUUCACACUUUGUUCCGUUUGUUCUUGGGGGAGGACAUCAUCCUCUUUACUACAGAUGGGAACACGGAUAAAGAGAUGAGCUGUGGCACACUCGAGGGCCUGUAUGCCACUAUAGACUUUGGCACAGACACCAACAUCACUACAGCCUUCAAUCGACAAAGGAGGUUUGAACCUAAAGGCCCAUUGGUGAAUUCUGAGUUCUAUACAGGUUGGUUGGAUCACUGGGGUGACAAGCAUGCUUCUGUGGACACUGAAAAAGUGAGCAAAAUGCUGGGAGAGAUGUUGUCCAUGGGUGCCAGUGUUAACAUGUACAUGUUUGAGGGAGGAACCAACUUUGGCUACUGGAAUGGAGCGGAUCAUGAUACCAGGUUCAGGUCUGUGGUGACCAGUUAUGAUUACAAUGCACCUUUAUCAGAGGCAGGAGAUCCUACUGACAAACUGCUUGCAAUCAGAGAUGUCAUUAAGAAUUUUUGUGAUAUUCCAGUUGGUCCCAUGCCACCAGCCACCCCAAAGCUAGCUUAUGGCUUUGUUACACUAAGAAAGGUUGGCAACAUUAAUAACUUGUUGGAUACGCUGUCACCUCAAGGUCCCGUACGAUCUCAGUAUACUUUAACAUUUGAGGAGAUUAAACAGUACUAUGGCUUCAUGCUUUACCGAACGACUCUGCCACGGAAUGUUCCUGAGCCGACCCCUCUCAUCUCGCCCCUCAAUGGCAUCCAUGAUCGUGCAUAUGUCUCUGUGAAUGGGGUGUACCAGGGGUUUAUGGAAAGGGACACCACACUGGUGAUGAAUGUUACUGGUCAACAAGGGGAUCAAUUGGACAUUCUUGUGGAGAACAUGGGCAGGGUUAAUUUUGGCAGCUAUAUCAAUGAUAAUAAGGGUCUCUUAGGUAAACUCAUCCUGGGAAAUGACGUGCUCUCUGAUUGGUUAAUCUACCCACUGGACAUUGACACGGCAGUAGCCAAUGGCUGGCUACAGUCGGAUCGCUCAGGGGUUCAACCAGGUUCAGGGAUUGAAGCAGGAGAUGGACCAAUGAUCUAUUCAGGAACCUUGAAGCCUAAUGGCCUAGCAUGGGACACUUUCUUAAAAUUGAAUGGAUGGACUAAGGGUCAGGUGUGGGUAAACGGGGUGAACCUAGGAAGGUACUGGGCAAAGAGGGGCCCUCAGCAGACGCUGUAUGUACCUGGACCUUUUCUUAGUGCCACUCUGCCAAACAACAUCACAGUGCUGGAGCUGGAAAGAGUUCCAUCACACAGCAGAAUCUUGUUUAUGGACCGGCCUCAGCUGAACAGCAAUGGACACAACACAUGAUAAAAUAAUCUUACAAGGCACUGGAAAGCCUUGUUUGCAGAAAUGCUGCAUUGAACACUUGACUACUCAAACAAUGUUUCACAGUAUAUGCUGUAUAUCUCCUGAACACUGCUUACAGCUAUGAGGUAUUUUAGAGCAAGCCAUCAUAACACACUGUAAUUUGUGUCUACUCAAUAUUUAGCUCAUUACUGGUCAGUUGAUGGCUCAGGAAAUGGUCAAAUGCAAAGUUAAUUUUAGUAUUGUAUAUCUAGAAAACUAGACCAACAUGUGCCUUAAAAGUUUCUCUGCUUGAAAAUAAUAUGAUUGAAAUCUCAGCGCCAUAACUAUAUGCAGCUUUUUUGGUGGGGCAUGAUUUAAAAGUGAUGCAUUUGAAUUUGAAUAAGCCACUCAGAAACAAAUAUAUAUGGUUAAAAAAGAAAAUGACACAAUCGUCCCUGUUUUAAUUGGAACGUUUGUUGCUCUCUGUUGUCUUCCUGUCAAACUUUGUGUUUGGUCAUAAAGUCUUGUUUUAUAAUAAUAUGCCAGUGCACUCACAUCAAAUUAUUUCCCAAGAAGGUUUCGGUUAUUUUCAUUUUUUUGUAUUUGUAAAUGCUGCACACGCCACGCCAUAUGAAAAUGAAAUCCUAACCAUUAUUGACAGAAAGCUUUAAGUAU